GGCGACUCCGACCUCAACAAUGUGCUCAAGUCGUUCAUGGAGUCCGAAGAGAAGCGUUCACUCGAUCCGCAUUUGGUUCGCUUCUAUUGGCAACAAAUGCUCAAAUCGGUGGACGAAAUACACGCCAAGGGUGUCGUCCACUCCGACCUAAAGCCCGUCAACUUUAUACUAGUGGCCGGAAAGUUGAAGCUAAUUGACUUCGGCAUUGCCAACGCUAUUCAAGCCAAUGAUACGUCCGUUUUUAAGGAGUCACAGAUUGGUACGAUCAACUAUAUGGCGCCCGAAGCUCUCCAGAACCGGUCGGACAUCAGGGGUAAAACAGUAAUCAAAUACAACUGCAAAGCCGAUGUGUGGAGUCUGGGCUGUAUUCUGUAUACACUGGUCUACGGGCGGACACCAUUCCAUCACCUGAACCAUCUGUUCCAGAAGGCCAGCGCUAUACUCGACCCAAACCAUCAGAUUAAUUAUCCCCCGAUCGAUGACCAUUUGCUGCUCGACUGUAUACAGAAUGCACUCAUCUCUCAGAUUAACAAUUUGACGCCAAAUCGGAUCAAACAGUUAUCUCAGGCUCCGGCCGUCAGACCGCGCGGCGAUUCACAGAAUGCACUCAUCUCUCAGAUUAACAAUUUGACGCCAAAUCGGAUCAAACAGUUAUCUCAGGUUCUGGAGAAGCUGUCGAAGCAUUGAUUUUCUUAUAAUUAAUAAUAUUUUAAUUUAAUAAAUACGCAAAAUAUAUGUUUUAAUGAAUUGUAAGCUUUUUAUAUAUUUACUGUAUGUAUAGAUAAUUGUAGUUUUUAAAUAUCCAUUAAUCCGUAUGUAAUGCCAAAUGUUUUUUUAACAAUUCAUUCAUAUUAUAUGACGAAUAAAUAGCUUUUAACUGU